UUCUCAUAGGCACAACGACACCGACGAUGCCGACGUCCAGCGGUGGUACCAGCGGCGGUCCAUCGGCGGCUACUGCUGCCACAGCGAUCUUUGCCCUAGCUGCAUCCCAUGCCACUGCAGGGAUUUUAGCAGCAGCUGGAGGUGCUAGUAGUGACAGCAAUGUGAGCUGCGGUAACAGCAGCAGUGGUGGGAGCAAUAGCAACGGAAGCAGAACUUCAUCCCCAGCACCAGGCCAUCCCAGCAGGUCACUAGGAGGUUCAGCAACCAUCGGUCCACAACCGCCCCAACAGUUUCCCACUACAACAGUUGCGGCAACGGGUACGAUUUCGAGUAACGUCAUUCCAUCUCUGUCGCUCGGAACAACAGCUGCGAUAGGAGGGUGGAGCUUUGGAUCGUACUGUGCAGGUGGAGGAACCGGUUAUAUUUCACCAGUUGCCACAGCUGCCGGAGGAAUAGGAAACGUUAUAGGUGUUGCGGGCUCUGCAGUGACUAACUCAAUUCCUGGCACAAUUAAGGGAAUUCUUGAGUGGCGGACCUCGACACCGCCGGCGGCGGCUUCAUCAUCGAGCGCAGCCGCGAUACUGCCGAGAAUUGCUGCGUCGUCUCCGUCGAUAGUCAAAUCAGUCGGGAAGUUCAGCGGUCAGGGCAUCGUUGGUGGAGCACCGCCGGGUCACCUGCGAGCGCAUUUGCGUUCUCCGCAUAAUCCGGACAUAAACUCGCCCUCGUCCACACCUUCGAGCAACGAUCUAGCUGUUGCAGUAAAUGCUAACUGGAUAGCGGGAGGAGUUGGCGUCGGCCGUUCUAUUGGUGCAGAGUAUCCGACGGCCACUGGAUACGGUGGAGCAAUUAACCUGUCGACAACGGGCCCGUUAGCUGCUGUGAACGCAAACAGUUUAGUAGGACGCGGAGCGGCGACCUCUGCCAUCUUAGGUACCGCCGUUCCAACGGUCAAGACGGCAAUCGCCGGUGUCCUUGUCGGAGAGGCAAGCUGUCGGGGAACCAACGUUACGGCGAUUGACUAUUGUUCGUCAAUUGUGCCUGGCGCAAUUGGCGUAGUUACUGGGCACCAGCUUAAAGGCCAUCAACAGACACAUCUGCGCGAUAGGCCGUAUCGAUGCGCCGAAUGUGGUUAUACUACUCCGCAUCGAAAUAUACUUUAUCAACACCAAAGUAGCGAGCAUCCAUCAGGCCAAGUUGACCAAAUAUCUCAGGAUCAAGGGUCGGGACAGCAGGCCGCAAACUCCAUACGAGUGAGUUUACCGAACUUCGGCCUCAGUGGCGGGGGUGCCGGGGGAGCUGGUGGAGGCAACGGCAAUGGAAGUGGGAAAAGCUACAACCAAACGACGACGCCAGUUAAGUGCGAGUUCUGCAAUUAUGAGACGACCCAUCGUGCCAAUAUGUACCGUCAUAAGCGAACUCAUUCCGGUGUUAAAAACUACGAAUGCUCGGUAUGCGGGGUAAUGACAACACGUAGUGACAAUCUUCGCCAGCAUAUGUUAGCAAAACAUGGCUUUGUUGCGCCUCAUAUCUCGCACAAUUUCGCCGGCAACGGUGGGGGAUCCGUUCGGUCUUCGACGCUGGCCGGUUCUACUCAUCCCAUAAUGACGAUGCCUUUGCGCGAUUCCACUAGGAUAAUUCGAGUGCGUUCACCGCAACAAGCCCAACAAAAGCAAGAGGUACAACAGCAACACCAACUUGAAGUUCGGAUGGGUUUGCUUGAAACUACCGCGCAUCAGCCGACGCCCAGUAUUGAUGUGUUGGUUUCGACGUUAACUAGCGAGACGGAACUUUACCGCGCUUGGACAAUGGCCAGUGGACGCAAGAUGUUUAGCUGUCUGACGUGCACGUACACAACGUCUGACCGACGUACAAUUGAACGUCAUAAAAUGGUUCAUACAGGGGAGAAGCCAUAUGCGUGUACUGAUUGUUCGUUCCGUACGUCGAGACGAGAUACGCUUAACAAUCAUAUCCGAUGUCGGCAUCCAGAAACAUUCGGACUACUUCUGAUGGCUCAACAGCAACAGCAGGACAUCGGGAACAAUGACUAUGUCGAACUCAUCCGAAGUGUGCACAGGCAGUAUUGCCCGUCCGAUGUUACAAUUGCACCGCUUGAUGCUUCUAGUUCGGCCAUAUCGAAUGCAAGCCUUGAGUCUAAUGCAGCAGGUAGCGACGUUGUCAAUCCGUCGACAAUAGGCCGUACGGUUCACCGGCUGCAAGAUGACAGCGUCAUCCAGAUAGUACACGAUCACGUGAUUGCCUUAAAUUCACGCGCAAGUUCGCUAAAAGAAGAAGCUCAGAAGUGCAAUCCGGUCACCAACGUUGCCGAUGAGACCGGCUUGGCAAACGUCCAUAACCAACAUACGGCUCAAAUGUUUAAAGCCGAAAAAGACUAGUUCUUUGUAUAACAAACGAGGCAAAAUGACGUUGAUAUCGACGCUCGCGGUUAGCUUAACUGGACUGUAACACGUGACAUCAAUGACUCGACAGUGACGUGACGGGGGUCACGAUUAUAGUUCGGCGUUUUUUGUCACGCUUUCAGCGCUCUGUGCCCUCUGGGCAAAAAUAAAUGACAGAACUGUAUAAAAUAAUUUAGGUAAUAAGAUACAGUGUUAGCAUAACGUAUGUUCAUUAAUAGCGUCUUACUCAUGUACAUACAGGGAGUACGACAGAUGAAGGAUAUCGGAAAUCGAAAUCGUAGAACAAUUAAUUGAGAAGAUAGAUAGUUGAAGCUUGGUGAUGUAUGACGACAAGUGACCGUCCUACAACAAAUCAUAACCAUUUAUUGUCUAUUGUAUUUUUUUUUUUUUUUUUGUUUGUUAAUCAAAUUUACAAAAGCAGAUCAGUAGCGAAAGGAUUCGAAUAAAGUAACGCAAGACAGACAUUAGCCUCUCUCUAUAUAUACAAGCAGGUAUUCGUGUUGUUGUCCAUGCUUACACAUGCUAGUACACUACAAAAAUUCAGGCAGGACGAAAAACAUUUGUUCUUUACAUUUAUUAAAUGUCUAGCCAAAUUUUGGCUCGGGUUUGAGCCUGAACUUUUCCGCUUUUUCCGCUUAGAAGUGCUAGUUCCUGUCUCCAUCAUUUGAUAUGGAUCGUCGAUUUCAAUCAGUUCACAGACAUAUCGCCUAUUCCGCUGUGCAUUUAUCAAACGCUGAAAAUAUUUCAUGUUGUGUGCCCAGUAUUUAAACCGUUAAGCAUUGCUGCAAACGGUCGGUUCCUAUCACACGAAGCCAGCUGCGUCCACGCCCGAAUUCGAACCUGACGACCGCCUAUUCCAAAGCUUACCAAAUAAACACAGGAACGUUUGUCUAUUAAGCGUGGAGUAGUAUAUUUAUUUAUGUUUGUCGACGUUAACAAGCCCAAAGUUUCGAAAUUGAGAAUACGUAAAAAGGACUGCCUGCAUGUAGAUUUUUCUCUCUUUUUACAUAAUUGCUGUUCCCACUGAAUAUGAGAGGCUGACGACAGCAGACUAUAUGGCAGAAUGGAAUAUAUUUUUUUUGAAUAGUCAUUUUCGUUCAGCUGUAGCUUGAAUGAGCAGUGCAUGUGUGAAUUUCCGCUUCGAUUAAUCCACGAAAAAAUUACUUUUGGUACCGAAUUUUUUAAGGUUUUUUUUCUAUUUUCUCACAUUAAAGUAAACACAUAAAUCAUCCUUGUUACGAGACGGUUACGAGCGAUAGUAACGUCAAUAACAUAACUGUUAAAAAUAGGCUGAGGAAAAAUACCAGUCAGGCCCGAUUUGUCAUUUCAAUAUAUGUGAAGCUCUGUUCGUUAAAGUCGCCUUCGUCAAAACUUUAAUGUUAAAGCUGCUUUUCAAUACAAUUUACCAGUGAUGAAACAAGAGCGUAAGUGACCUUUCAGCAGCCCUUGUUGCUGUCAGCGUGGAAACAUUUCGUUCUAAAGCUUUCUGCGCCCUGUGAUUCAACAGAUUAUUAGACCAACUCAAGCUUUUGAAGAAUUUCGUCUGCUACAAAACAGUUCUAGAUAGGAGUCCAAAUUUACCAUUAAUUUAGGUAAAUUGUAACGCUUCGUUAGGAUAGUAAAUACUCAUAACUAAGGUAAUUUUUCGACGACAAUAUAUCGUAAAAGAUUUAAAAAUCGGGAAAUGAAGAUGACACAUACACUAGAGCCAUCAGAUCGCUUUCGUUUUCAUCAACAUAGUGGUUAUAACGAACUAACUCUAUUACGGAGCACGUUAUUCUAGGCAACGGAUGAUUAGAUAGUUCUAAUCAUUUCUGAGAUGUUAACGAAAUAAAUCAACCCCCAAUGGAAGUGUGCUUUCUAUUAGAUUGCCCUACUUCUGCACUGCUCUUCUUUUAUAUAUAUUAUUAGCCGAACUCUAGGAAAAUACGUCUAAGAAAAUUUUGUAGAAAAUCUAUUUAAUUUAGCUCAAUAUUAAUAAUAAUAAUAAUAAUAGAUUAAUAACAUUUAAUAACAACGCCAGUCUCCGUUUUACGGUGUAUCAAGUACUGUUCUACUACUUAUGUAUAUAUAGAAGACUGUAAUAGCAGAAAAUGUUGUGCUUUCUAUCAUACUGAACGUUUUAGAAGAAAAACUCAACCAUAAUGAUAUGUGAUCAUGAGACGAUUUUAUCAUGGCAGUGGCAUAUUACGCAAGCGAAGCCGAAAUAAACGGUGGAAGUGCCACGUUCGAUUGAUAUCAACAGUGUGAGAUAUUUUAUAGAUACAUAGACUAAUAUCGGUAAUUUUUUUAUAAUAUAUAUUUUUUAUACUAUAAUAUAAUAUUGUAUACAUAGUACUAGUUUAACUAAUGUAUAUGGGAGCGAAAAGAAAGCGUGCAUACGGCGACCGUAACAUUAACUAGAGCUAGUACUAAUUCCGUUCUUUUCUUUUCAGCUGGACUCGGUAACACUUGAAGCGGAGCAGUCUCCUAAGACUAGCAUGGUCAAAGGAAUAUUUAAGCAAGCUUGCCGAAUCUUCAAUUUAAGUGGAACUGUUAUCUUAAUUACGAAUUCUAUCUGGUCCAUUCGUGGUGAAACACUUUCUCAAUAAAUGUAUCGCUGUUAUAUGCCACAGACAGAACUCUUUGAUACUCCUGUUUUCAUGACAUCGCCGUGAAUACUCCGAUGUGUGUGUUUAUGAAAAACAUAGAGUUGAACGCUUCUGAUACAUCGAAUAGCUUUCCUCUGUGCAGAUAUUAACUGGCGCUUUGCAUUUUGCAGUGACUUCGGAGUCUUUGCUAUUUGACGUCGUAUCAACUGGACAUACGUCACCAGGGGUCACAUUAACUUCAUUUGAAAGGGCUCUAUCAAGACCUGGUCGGCCCAGGGGGAUAUCCCCUUCUUCAUCGACGGGGGUACCUGGCCGGCAUCCAAGUAAUCGCCUAUGCCCACUCUGUGACAAGGUGUUUCCCCUGAAGCGGGACCUCGAGCGUCACAUGGUCAAGCAUACUGGUCUAAAGCCGUAUCCAUGUCCGUACUGCCCGUUCCGCACAACCC